CAGUCACCACUCAAGCCAAGCAGCAGCAGCCUCUUGCAGAGUGUCCAGAGCAGCAACUCUGAGGACAUGGGAUCCUUAGGCCCUACCGUGACCAUGAGCAUGGGCAUGGCGAAGCCCAACGGCACGGCCGGCGCCCGCGACCAGCACCAGCAGCAGGCGGAGAGGAAGGAGUGCGGCGCGUUCGGAGGCGGCAGCGACGGCUUCCGGAUGCCGCUGCACUACCCGCGGUACAAGAAGGUGGACUACGAGGCGAUGCCAGAGUGGCGCGUCGACUGCCUGCUCCGCGAGUACGGCCUCCCCGCCGACGGCGACCUCGACAGCAAGCGGCGCUUCGCCAUGGGCGCCUUCCACUGGCCCGACCAGUACUGAACCGAGGGAGAUCACCGUCGUCGAUCGGCCGUGAUUUCACCAUAUUCAGGGGAUGAGCUGCAUCUGCACGCAGCAUCAGCAACACAUAGCAGUACCAAGCUGAUUAUCGCGUCGCUUUCGCUAUCUAGAAAGAGGUCAUCUAGUUGUAAUGGCCGGACAUGACACAAAGGCGGUGAAUGCAUGAUUAUAACUGAUGUGUUCACUUUAUCAUGUGUCUGAUGUCUCUGGUGUCCUGUUCUUAACUUGUUUUCGCCUUUUCCUUUAUGCCUUUUUGAAAGAAGAGUUCUGGUGCUCUGUGCAAGCUUUGCUGUCGAGGGGUCUCCCGGCGUGAACUGUCUAUCUGCUUGUGUGUCUCUGAAUCAUGAACGAUUGCAGUUGGAGAACUUUGAUUUGUUUCAGUGUUACUACAGUUGGUUA